AUGCAUCUUCACGUCGAUAAACCGGAUACAAUGCAGAUAGAACAGGUUCAAAUUACCGCUAACGAAUUGGAACCGGACAGAGUCUACACAAUGAACAUGAUGUGAGGAGUAUCUCAGCUUUAUUUUUCUUUUGAUAUUUCUAGGGAACAGCAAAUGAAGGAUUUAGUUGCACUUCUUUCUGGAUCAGAUCAACUUCAUGAUAAAACGACAAAAUAUUUGAAAAAUCGAUAAACUUUCCAGACUAAAGCACAACUAUGGAACUCACAGCGCCACUGCAACUUUUCGUUCCAACUCAAAAGGAUAUAUAGAUUUGACGACGGAUGCUCCAAUCAGGGGAACUUAUUCAGGUGAAAAUCAACACCCUUCAAUCUCAUCUACCAUAAUUUUUUUGUAAACUCGUUUUUCAUAAUCUUUCCAAGACUUAAAACCAACUUUUUCCCACGGUGAAUUAAAUCAGAUUUUGACGAAUUUAAAAGACCGACCACAGAACUACUUGCGCUAGCCGAUGUUGUACAAACUUCGUAAUUCUAACUUUAACUGUAAAUGAAGUAAGAAAAAAUGUUGAAACUCGGCAGAAUUGAAAAUAAAAGUUCUAGGAGUCGAGCCGAUGGGUCUGUUCAUGUCCCAAAGGCCUCACGAGGACUUUGCAUUUGGAGGAUACCUCAGAUGCACGCCGCCUCUACCAUUUUACUACGAUCUGAUGUAAAGGGAAAACUGUGAACAUCAAAUGAAAUAAAAUAUUGGCAGACUGUACGACGAGAAAGAGAGCGUCGUUGAUCAAAUAACGAUCAAAAAGCAUUGGAUGCACCCGAAACUGGAAAGAACUGAAAUCGCGCAUGACGGUUUCUAUGGGACGCUUUUCAAGCCCCCAGGUGAGUGAAUCGAUGAAAUCAAUCUAACUUAUUUGGGAAAAGUUUUUAUUAUAAAUUCAUUCAAAAAGAAUUUUUAUCCGCAAAAAAACUAAGUAUCUAACUACAGAAAAAUUAUGAAUGAGAAGUUUUUCGAGUAAUUUGAUCUUUUCUUUUGAGUGCAAAAAGUAUUAAAAGCAAUUUUCAGGGAAAGGACCGUUCCCAACAAUUUUAGACAUGUCUGGAACUGGUGGGGGUAUUCAUGAACACAAGGUUUUUUCUACAGUAAACUUGAAAUUCAAAUUGCCACAAAUUUAAGGGCUCAAUGCUAGCCUCCGAAGGAUUCGUGGUGCUUUGCGUCGCCUUUUUCCAAUUCAAAGACCUCGUCAGCAAGCUUGAAGACGUUGAUAUUGACUAUUUCAAGGUUUGAAGGCCGAUGAAAAAUUGGAUGAUCAACGAAUCUUUCAAAGAAACCUGUGGACUUUCUGCUCAAUUUGCCUUAUACCGAAAAGAGGUUCGGAAUCCAAGGCGUUUCUUUCGGGGGAACUCUGGUCGACCUCAUUUGCACACGAUAUCCGGAAGUUUGUUUUUUUUUGAACCAGAAAAGUGUAUACAUAGUAUUUUAUAAACGCUUGUCUGCGUCUUCUAAGCGCAAAAGUCGUCUCAAUUAGCGUUGAACGAGGUUGAAUAUUGAAUAUUGAAUAUUUAUGAGGUUCUUCGUCUUAUUACCUAACAAAUUUUUCCUAUGCACCUUUAAAUACUCAAAGAACAUUCUUUUUCUUAUUCAAUAGAUUCCCAAAAUAUGAAAUUCAGUUCAAAGCAGCGGUCGUGAUCAACGGACCCCACGUUCAGAAUCACUACUGCAAUCUGAAAGAGCACGGUCAGCCGAUGCCCGCUGUUUUGUACGGACCAACAAACACUCUCACAAUAAAUGCGGAUUUUUCAGUGUUGACGAUACGAAAUGCUACUUUCUGAAUGGAUUGAUGAAUACUCACAUCACUUUGAAGACGUCCACCCCUCUUCUGAAUGCGGAAAACGAGACUCAGUGGCAUCGCAUUCCUAGGGAUUGCAAGUUCCGGCUCGUGGUUUGUAAAAAUUUGGAAAAAGGUUCUGAAAAAGGUUUUAGGGAUCAAUGGACGAUUUGUGCUCUCCUUCGGUCCACACAACGUAUUACAGAAAGAGAAGACUUGAAGAGACGGGUCAUGAUGUAGAGGUUUGAGAAAAUCGUUUCCAAUACGCGUGAAGCAAAAAAAGUUCCAAAAAAAGAAUUUAUUUAUGAAAAAAUGACCUCACGAGAAAUCGCACAUUUUUAGUUUUUAAUUUGAUGGAUAGAAGAAGACUAUUCUGGAAGAAAAAGAAAUCAAACCGACCAAAUAGGAGGCAAAAAAUUGAUCUAAUGAGACCGACUUGCUUUGUAAAUUUUUUCAGAAUCUCUUUUUGAGAUCCGCUAUCUUUUUCAGCUCAAGUUAGCUAUAAAUAAGCUGAAUGAGAUUAUUACUCCCAAUACGAGUUGAAAUAAUGAAAAAAUUGAAAUAGAAAGAAACUCAAGUCUUAAGGUCGAGCUCGUCGGCGGAGGACACAUCAUGGAGCCGCCCUACUUUCCACACCACGAGCACGUCUACGCCAAGUUCCAAGGUAAUUAUAUGAAUUUUAUGGAAAUUCUACAAUUUCACUCUUUUUUUUAGCCUUUUAUUGUGCUUACGGCGGCGAGGUGGUUCUACACGGGAAAAGUCAAGAAAGGACCUGGGCGAACACGAUCAAAUUCUUCGUCAAAACUCUGGGAGCUCCGCGAAAAAUGCCAGACUGGGAUCGCCAAACUCACGUCGUGAACCCCAGACUCGCCGAAAACCGAAGUCAUUUGUGA